ACUUCCUAAUUCCUAUUAUCAAUUUAUCAUCGGUGAAAUACACAAUACAGUCUCAUUGAAACUCUCCUCAGUCAAGUCAAGCUGCUUUCAUGGAAGACCUGUAACAAAACUCUGAAUCCAACACUUAGUAAUCUACUAGAGGAGUUAUAUUCCUCAAAAUCACUCACCUUUUCUGCAUAAAAUUUCCUUCAUCUUCCUAAUAUUCUUAACCCAACAAAUCUCAAAUGUUACCUCAAGACCUCACCUUUUCUAAAUCCUUAAACCCUUUUCUUUUCAUCCCUAAAAACCCUCAAUUCAAAUCAAAAAAGAUAGUUAAGCCAAUUUUGAUUUCCAUCCCAAAAUCUCCUCUUUCAUUCCUAAAACUUUUUUUUCUCCAAAACCCUAAACCUUCCAAAAUUACCCACAAAUGUCUUCCUUUUCCUCCUGCAGCUGGUCGCAGCAAGAAAACACCUACAACUGGUCGUAUAGAAGGCAGUGCUGAGCUUCGUCGCGAGGCUAAACGCAAUGCUAGGAGAAAAUCCCGCAAAUUAGCUGAAAGUUUGUUUUACCGACUCAAAAACCCACAUAAAUCUCAUGCUGAUAAUUUUACAGAAGAUGAACUUCAGAUGAUUGGUUUAGGGUACGAUAGAAUGGUUAGGUUUAUGAGCAAAGAUGAUCCAAAUUUAAAACACCCAUAUGAUUGGUAUAAGUAUGGUGAAUUUGGUCCAUAUUCUUGGCGUGGGAUUGUUGUUGGGGACCCAAUUCGAGGUCGAAUGUCGGAUGAGUGCGCUACAAUUAUAGGUGAGGUGAGGAGUCAUGAGGAGUGGGAAAAGAUUGAGCAACAUGAAAUGUGUGAGGAUUUUGGGAAUAGGUUGAAUAAGCUUGAUUCUAAUGUGGGUUUCCAGAAUUAUUGGGUGUUUGUUCGACAUCCGAGAUGGCGGCUUAGUGAUAAGCCAUGGGAACAAUGGACAUUGGUGAGUGAGAUAGUGCUUGAAGCUGGUGAUCAAAGGUUGGAUAAAUGGAAUUUGAUGGGUAGAUUAGGGAACAAAACUAGGGGUUUGAUUACUCAAUGUGCAGCUUGGAUGAGACCUGAUAUAAUUUAUGUGAAGAGACCGGUUUUUCAAUGCCGGUUUGAGCCUCAAGCGAACUUCUUUAAGGCGAUGAUUCCGUUUCUUGAUCCUGAAACUGAGCAGGAUUUUUUGUUUGAGUUGGAGGAUGAUGAGGGUAGAGUUCAAUUGUGCACUUACUUUGGUGGGUUGUGUAAGCUUGUGAGGGUGAGUCCGAAGGCCUUUGUGGAUGAUGUGGUGAAGGCUUAUGAGAAACUGAGUGAUGAAAAUAAGUCGAAAUGCUUGGAGUUUUUGUUGAUGAAUCAUCCUGUUCAACUUUUGCAUCCUUACACUAAGGAAUGGAAGGUGAAAUUAGAAGAAAUGGAGUUGGGAUGUGAUGCUCCUGAUGAUGAGGAUGAUAUUAGUUCAAAUUAUAGUAAUGAUAAUGUAAGUGAGAAAGAGUUUAGUGAAUGGGUUGAGGAUGAUGGAGAUGAGAACAAUGAUGAUGAUGAUGAGGAUGACUAUGUACUAGAUGAUGAUGAUGAUGAUGAUGAUGUUGUGAUGAACACAAAUGAUGGCGAGGAAGAGAAUGAGGAAGAGGGUGAAUUGGGAUUGCAAGACGAGGAUGUGGAUGUCGAAGAGGAUGAAAAGUAUUGGAAAGAACAGUUUGACAAGGCAAUAAGAAGUAACGACGAGAUGGAGAAUCUUGUGAAACGGAGUGUGGAAAGAUCGAGCAAAUUCUAUGCCAAGCAAUUAAGGGGAGAGAUCGAGAAGAAUGAAAGCGAGAAUUUGAAGGAUGAUGAUGGCAAUGAGACUGUUUUGAGAGGUAAACGAGCAAAGGUGAGUCGAGAAGAAUGGAAGUUGAUAGGGAUGGGUCCUUGGAGGAAGAGGAUUAAGAAGAGUAGAAUCCCACCAGAACUGUUUCUGAGAGCUGCUGUUAGACCUUUUACAUACAGAAAUCUUGUCAAGGAAAUUGUGUUAACAAGACAUGCAAUUUUAGAUGGUGAAAUUGGACAAGAGAGUUGAAUCCCACCAUUAUGCCUGCAAAUUAUUUCUAUUUUCUAGUUUUUUGGAUAUAGGAUAAUUGUACUGUUUGUUGUAUUUAGGAGGAUUAGACUUGCUUGUUUUUGCCUAGAGCAAACACAAUUUGAUAUUUUCUUUUACUAAACAAAGAAACUGUAGUAUACUAUUAAUAUUUAUAGUCACGAACUAAAAUUUUGAAUAGAAUAAUAGAGUGCCUCAGAAUUUACUAGCAUUUCAAUUUAACAUAUUACUUUUACUAAAA